CCCUUAAACCCGCCAUUACCAGGUAAGCAGUGCGUUAUGUGCCUGGCAACUUCGGCCAUGGCUUCCCUCUCCAGAGACGAACCCAAGUACCAAGUUUCCAAUUUUUCAAUUUUUUUGACCAAAUUAAUGAAUUUCCACCUUAAGGCAAUUCAGGCUACCAUUUCAUUGUUGCAGAGGUUGGGGUUCUGUGUCAAUGUAGAGAGGUCUGUUCUCACCCCCACAAAAUGUAUUGAAUACCUAGGAAAUGUCAUUAACAUCAAGUUCGUGACUGCUUCAUUACCUGAGCGUAGAUUAAUCAAAAUUCGCCAAGGAUGUGCAAGUCUUUUGUGUCAAGAUGUUACUUCCAUUCGAGAGGUGGCCAGGGUGAUUGGCCUUCUGGUGGCUGCAAUGCCAGCAGUGGAGUUAGGUAAACUUCACUAUAGGAAGUUGGAAGUGGGCAAGAUUGCCGCGUUGAAACAGGAGCAUGGUAACUUUGACAGGAAAUUAAAUAUUAUUGCUGACAUGAAACCAGAUCUUUCCUGGUGGUUAGACAACAUGGACAGGCACCAGACACACAUCUUUAGGUCAGGCACAGACAUUGACUUAUUUACUGAUGCCUCCACUUUAGGUUGGGGGGGUCACUUGGGGUGUCAGACUACGAGUGGCACCUGGUCCCUGGGUGAAAAAGAGCUUCAUAUUAACAUCCUGGAGCUGAAAGCUAUUUUUUUCUCUAUGCAGGCAUUUGCACAUGAGCUGGAAGGUAGACACAUUAGUUUUUUUUGUGAUAAUACGACUGCCAUAAACUAUGUUAAUGAAAUGGGAGGCACAAAGUCCAAGUCCUGUAAUGAUGCUUCUUCCCAAAUUUGGGAUUGGUGUCUGGAACACAAGUCAUGGAUUACAUGUUCACACAUACCAGGGAAGGUAGCUGAUCUUGCCUUUUGCACAAGUAAUGACAGGCAUGAGUGGAAAUUCAACCCACACAUUUUUACUACUCUGUGUAAUGUUUUUGGGACACCAUCCAUUGAUUUAUUUGCCUCUAGGCUUAACAAACAGGUUACUACAUUCUGUUCUUAGAAACCGGAUCCUGAGGCUAAAUACGUUGAUGCUUUUUCCUUGGAAUAGUCUAAAUUUGAUCUGUCUUACAUUUUCCCCCCAUUCUCAUUAAUUGCUAGGUGCCUACAGAAGUUGCGUGUGGAGCAGGCACGAGGCUGGAUGGUGGUUCCUCUGUGGCCAUCCCAACCUUGGAUGGGCAUGCUGCUCAAGUUGUUAAUAGACUACCCACG